UAACAAAAACAGGAGCAUGACCCCCAUUGUCUCCCAGCACAGUCUCCUGGUAGCAUACUCUCUCACUCACAUCUAUAUUUAAGCACACAUACAAAUCAACAUAUGGACUUGGGGUUCUUUUGGAUUAAAUUUUUCUCCAACUAAAACCCUCAGUUUCUCUGUAAACAAACGCAGAACGACACGGCACUAGAAGGAAUUUUCACUUGUUCUUCGAUAAUUCGCGGAUACUGCGUCUGGAUCUUUCGUUAAUAGCCCCAAAAUAUAGUUGGAUCAAAUAUGACAGUAACUAAGCUUGCUGGUGCACUUGCUUGUGGAAUUGCUGGUAAAAGAUGUGAGAGGAAAGCAAUUAGACAAGCUUUUGAGGACAACAACUCUACUCGAGAUCUUCGUUUUCGUUAUCCCGGGGCGAUUUAUGGAAAGGGAUUGAGAUCAAACAAAGUGGUUCGGAAUUGUGGAUUAGUCAGUGGUGAACAGGCUUUAGAUUAUGAAUUGGUUCCUUCUACUGUAGAGGAAAUAUUAGAUUCCACCACACACAGACUCAUUAAUGGCUCAACUGAGGGAUUCAUCGCGCAUACGGGGACCUCAGCAAGUCAAUCACGGUCUCCAAGUGUCCAGACUGAGCUUAUAAUGCUAUCUAUACCAGCAAUUGCUGGGCAAGCCAUUGAGCCCUUGGCACUACUCAUGGAGACAGCUUAUAUUGGCAGAAUGGGUCCCUUGGAGUUGGCAUCAGCAGGUGUUUCAAUAUCAAUUUUUAACAUCAUAUCAAAGGUAUUCAACAUCCCUCUCCUUAGUGUUGCGACUUCGUUUGUAGCUGAAGAUAUCUCCAAAAAUGCAAGCAAGGGAUCAACUUCAGAUGAAAGAACGGCACUACCCUCAGUCUCUACUGCCUUACUUUUAGCGCUCGGAAUUGGUUUAUGUGAAGCUUUAGCUAUGUAUUUGGGAUCUAGACUGUUUCUCAACAUGAUGGGCAUAUCAACAGCUUCACCCAUGCACAUUCCAGCACAACAAUUUCUUAAACUUAGAGCUAUUGGUGCUCCUGCAGUUGUUCUUUCACUGGCCAUUCAAGGCAUCUUCCGUGGGUUUAAGGACACAAAGACCCCCGUCUUAUGUCUAGGACUUGGUAAUUUGUUGGCUGUUUUUUUAUUUCCAUUACUUAUGAAUCAUUUUCAGAUGGGUGUAACUGGUGCAGCCAUCUCCACUAUUGUGUCUCAAUACCUUGUUACCUUUUUGAUGAUUUUGGAUCUUAAUAAGAAGACUGUACUUUCGGUACCCAAAAUAAAGGAUUUGGAUUUUGGUGGCUACCUAAGGUCUGGUGGUUUUCUGCUUGGGAGAACUCUUGCUGCUGUUAUGACUAUAACUUUGAGCACAUCAAUGGCUGCUCGUCAAGGGCCAUUAGCCAUGGCGGCCCAUCAGAUAUGUUUGCAAGUGUGGUUAUCUGUAUCUCUUCUUGCAGAUGCCCAAGCUGCAUCUGGUCAGGCUCUUAUUGCAAGUUAUUUUUCGAAAGGAGACUACAGGACUGUUAGAGAGAUUACUUUUUUUGCUUUGAAGACAGGAUUGUUUAGUGGCAUUUUAGUAGCUGUCAUAUUGGGUGUGUCUUUUAGUUCUUUAGCCACGCUAUUCACCAAUGACAAAGAAGUACUAGGUAUUAUUAGAUCUGUGUUAGUGUUUGUUAGCGCCAGUCUGCCUGUCAAUUAUCUUGCUUACAUUUUUGAUGGUCUCCACUAUGGUGUUUCAGACUUCUUGUUUGCCGCUUACUCCAUGAUGGUGGUUGGGGCAAUUUCAUCAGCAUUUCUGCUCUAUGUUCCUUCUAUUGUUGGUCUUUCGGGAGUUUGGUGUGGUUUGACUCUUUUCAUGGGCUUGCGUACUGUGGCUGGAUAUAUGAGAUUAUCAUCGAAAAAUGGUCCAUGGUGGUUUUUACAGGAAGCCAUCCAAAAACCUCGGGUUGCCAUUUAACAUGUCACUUCAGCUAUGAGGAUUUUGUUGGGAUUAUAAAUCUCUCUCUCUCUCUCUCUCUCUCUCUCUCUAUGGUGUACAGUCGUCAAUGUUGAGUUGCCUCAAUUAAAUCUAUAAUCUCAAAUUUAUUUGUUUUUCAAAUGUAUACCGUUGGAUCUUAUCAGUUGAUGUAUCAUUUGUCAUACGCAUCUGUACCAUUAAUUUUUGUGAAUGUUUUCAACCGAUGAUGAUGUUGUUGGAACAA